AUGGCGCAUGAGUACAAAUUCUCGCUGUUACUAGCGAGUCAGUACUCUGGCGGCCCUGUCGAGUGGAAUGAAAGCAGUUUGAUAACUGGUACAGGCGCUGUGCUGAAUUAUGUUGAUCUUACAGCCGACUCUUCCCGCGCUACUCGCCCGGCAACGACAGAUAUUGUAUCUGUUUCUAUUUCGCCAUGCAGAAAAUUCAUCGUCGUCCUCGAAGAUGGCAUGCAUCUGUCUAUCUCCUCUGUUGAGUCAGGACGGGUGCUCUGCCGGACAUCGGUUCACUCAAAAUCCGCUGGAACGCCAGUCGCUGUCUCUUGGUCUCCUUGUGGUACUAAAAUAAUGAUGACUCGAGGUGACAUCGCACAGCUCUACUACUGCCCGAUGAAGGAGCCUUCGUACAACCCGAUGCAGCUUCUCAGAACAUUUAUUGGCUCCUAUGGAGCGGUAAGACACAUCUCCUGGUCUGCAAAAUCAGAUGUUGUUGCCCUUGGUUCUGAAGAUACGAAAGUAAGGGUCUAUCCUAUCCCUAAAAUUCACAAGAUGCGAACUUGUACGACUCUUAUCGGCUGCCGAGGAAACAUAAUGGGCACGUGGGUUGGCGGCAAGACAGGCAUGGAUGUUAUGGCAAUCGAUAGAGAAGGAAUGAUUUGCAUGUGGCAGACUGAUUUCGAGCCAGAUGAGCUUGAAUACGACUUUAAAACAACGAGGAAGGUGAUGUUUUCCCCUCAGAGAUGGAAGGAUCAUGCUAGGGUGGCAUUAGAGACGAUUAAAAUAGAAGAUGACGAUGGUGAUCAGGAGGUUGAUGAUGAUGAGAAUGUAAACAAGCCAGAUGAAGUGGGAGAAAAGAAGGAAGACGACGGAGAAGAAUCAUCAGAUGAAGAAGAGCUAGAAAUCAUCAAAUACAGACGGACUUUCAAAGACUAUGUCAAUCAGAAAGGAGAGCGUCACUCCCCAGUUGCAGCAGCAGACUAUCACGCAAAGCUCAACAUACUCGCAGUUGGUCAUGAAAAUGGAACGUUUGCUAUCUGGGAGAUAAAUUGGGCUGUUGAUGCUUCUGAAGAUGGAAGCAUCAUUCAAGUGCAAAAGUUGUCGAUGGAAAAUUUGUCGGCCGACUUGUCAAGGGUAAAAAUUUCACCUAAAGGUGAUUGGCUUGCUCUUGGUGGAGGAGAUCAGCUUAUUGUUUGGGAAUGGGGAACACAGAGUUACGUUUUGCAGAGCCAAAAUCAGGGACACAAUGUCAGUUGCGUUGCGUACUCCCCUUGCGGAUCAAAACUGGCGACAGGUGGAACCGAUGGAACAGUGAAAGUCUGGAGCACCAACAGCGGCUUCUGCCAAGUCACAUUCAAAGAUCAUGAAUCUGAGGUCUCGGGGAUCGCUUGGAUGCGAUCAGGCUUCGCGCUUGCAACUAGCUCCAAAGAUGGCACUGUUCGAGCAUAUGAUCUGAGACGAUACAGGAACUUCAGAACACUCGUGACCCCUACGCCCCAGAGACUCAAGGAUGUCACUGUUGAUCCUGGUGGAGAACUGAUUGCUGCUGCUGGCGGCGGCAACGGAUGUGUCUUUGUUUGGUCGAUCAGAACCGGCCGCUUGUUGAAUGAGUUCUCCAAUCAUGAAUCGGAUGUCGUAUCGGUUAACUUCUCCCCGACUUCUUGCAGGCUGCUUUCUUGCUCUUGGGAUGGAUCCGCCAUGCUAACCGACUUUACGGACCAAGAAAAAAUCCAUCGAGAGGCUUUUGAAUGCCCAUCAGAUAUGUUAGCCGCCAUUUGGCGACCCGAUGGUGAUCAAAUUUGUACCUCAAAUCUCGCUGGAAAGCUCAUGUUCUGGUGCCCGAAAACUUCUGCCAUGCAGUUUGAAAUCGAUGCAUCACGAGACAUGAGAGCUGGGCGCCCUAAGAACUCUAGGGUAUCUGCUGAAACAUUGACGGAUCAAGGAUUUAACCAGCUGUGCUACUCGAGUGAUGGAGAAUACCUCCUUGCUGGAGGAAAGUCCUUCUUGGUUGUUAUGUACAGUGUACGCGCGAGACAUGUAGUUGGGACUUUCAUUCUCUCGCAGAACUUGAAUAUUGAUGGCUUGCAAGAGUUUUUGAGCACGAGGGACACCAUGACUGAGUUCGGCGCUCUUGCUGACAUUGACGAUUCUGAUGAGGUUAAAAUUGCGGGUCAAAAGAAGAAGGAUAGAGCUGUCAGGCGUGUCGAGGGAGCAAUUGCUUGCCAAGGUAUCCAUUUCUCGCCCACUGGAAAUGAAUUCGCUCUCGCGACGGCUGAAGGAAUUUCAAUCUACUCUAAAUCUCGACGAACUUUUGCAUCCCUUCCUCUGAACGAGUCCGCUACUCCGGGAAAUGUGCUCAAGAAUUUGAACACUGGUGAAUAUGGAUCCGCUUUGAAUAUGGCUAUGGUGAUCAACAAAGACAGUUUGAUCAGACAAACAGUCGAAAGUGUACCGAGGAAUACGAUUGAAUUAUUAGUCGGAUCAUUGCCGGAUAAUAUUAGUUUGCCACUUUUGUCUUGGAUUGCAAACGAAUUGGAAACGACGAAGCACGCGCAGAUUUAUCUUGCCUGGUGUGCUUCGCUCUUGAAGCACUUUGCAAGGAAUCCUUAUUUGAAACGAAAGGGUGUUGCCGCUGCAAGACUGGCCGCGCGAGCAGUCCGACAACACCGAGAGAAGAUCUUGAUGAACUCAUACUCUAACUGUGCGACAAUCAAUUAUUUGAUGGAGCAAAAGCGAUUGGUGCAAAAUGCUCCUUCCGAAAUCGUUGCGGACGAGGAUGUCAUGAGCGAAUGA